AUGAUGAAUCAAACAAUUUCUGCUUUAGUCAUACAGUCCCUAGCAAAAUCUCCGCUACUAUUAAGUUCUAGGGCCACAUUUCAGAAGAAUAUCCAAUUUGACAAAGUUAUUGCCAAUAAUUUUGUUUCAAAUUUCUUCAAAACUUGUAAUACCCGCGAUAACAUUCAAUUUAAAUCAUCGAAAUUCAAUAAAUUCCUCAAUUCUGCGAUUUCUUUCCAAUCAAUUAGCCUCUAUAACAUAUCUUUUACGAAUGGAUACUCAUAUAAUGGCGAUAGCGUUCUAAAUAUCACUCGGUGCACAUUUACAAAGUGCUCAAAUGUUGGUGGCAUAGGCGGUGCCGUCUCAAUUCCUUUCCCACAAGAUUCAUAUCCACAAAUUCAAGUUCAUCAGUGUAUAUUCCGCGAUUGCCGUUCAGACCGUGGUGGUGCUCUGUUCAUCGGCGGCACCAAAGUCGACCUCUCAGAAACAUGCAUUAGUCGUUGUAUUGGUGAUAAUGCACAUCAUGCAGUUGCUGCUUACACUACAAGUAAGAAAUGUCCAUCGACUACUACAUUAUGCUCCAUCUUCUGCUGUCCAAACAAUUACACAGGUGGAGAUAACGUCAUUUCAGUUUUUCGAAACUCUCCUAUUAUUGCAAGUACGAAUUCUACAUACAACCGUUUUCACGGUGAUGGUUGCUUUGUUGCAUCUAUUGGAUUAGAGAAAGUUAUGGUUAGUUACAGUUUUUUUGGUUAUAAUCUUGGUGAUGACGGUUUUUACUCACUUGGAUCUAAUUUAACACGUUUAUUCCGUUUACAAGUUUUCAACAAUACUGUUGAUUCCAUGUUUGUCUCAUGUAAUCAAGAUAAUUCCAAGAAACAUAUUAUUUAUUUAGUUUAUACAGAGAUUGAACGUAGUAACUACGAUAACAGAUCUAUUUCACAUAAACUGAAUAUCAAAUACAACAUUAAUAUCAUUAAUUGUCGUAUUGACAGAGAUACCGCCGUCAAAGUUAAAAAAGAUGCUAUCAGUAUCUCCGCAUCAGGUAUUCUUGAACAACGUAAUGUCUUAACAUCAUUCUUCUAUGAUCGUGAAUGCGAAUUCAACCUUGUUCCUUCACUAACACGUAUGAAAGGAAGUGAUAUGAAAAUCAGUUAUCCAUACAUUCUAAUUCCUAUCACCAUUGUUGCAGGCAUCAUCCCAUUUGUCCUCAUCUUCAUUUCCAUCCGUUCUAAAGCACUUCAAGAAGAGUGGAUGCUUGCACAACAAGAUUAUAUGAAAACUACUUAA